AUGCACGGCAGCUACCCCAUCACUGGUGAAGAGCAGCCAUUGCCGCCUCCACUGCCACCGCCGCCAUCGCCGUCGCCACUGCUGCCUCGAACCACCCAAGGCGUUGAGAACAUUGCUGCUGAAGAGAAACCGCUGCCGCUCACCACUGCAGGCGGCGGUGACAUCAUAGCUGAUGAAGAGCCACCGUCCCCCACUACCUUGGACAGUGGCAAGAUCAGUUAUUUCGAUGAGCUGCUGGCACCCACCAUCUCUGCUGGCAGCUGCAACUACCUUUGUGAAGAGCCGCCACUUCCGACCAUCUUCUGCGGUGCUGCUAACAUCAUUGCAGAUGAGACACUGCUCCCCACCAUCCUGGGGAUCUGUGAUGCAAGUGGUAAUGAAGAGCCGUUGCCUCCCACCGUCCUUGGCAGCGGUGACGCUGAUGCCCCUGUUGACCCACUGCCACCCACCACCCCAGGCACUGGUAAUGUCAUAGCUGAUGACGAGCCACCAUCCCCCACUACCUUGGACGGUGGCAAGAUCAGUUAUUUCGAUGAGCUGCUGGCACCCACCAUCUCCGCUGGCAGCUGCAACUACCUUUGUGAAGAGCCGUCGCUUCCGACCACCUUGUGCGGUGCUGCUAACAUCAUUGCAGAUGAGACACUGCUCCCCACCAUCCUGGGGAUCUGUGAUGCAAGUGGUAAUGAAGAGCCGUUGCCUCCCACCAUCCUUGGCAGCAGUGACGCUGAUGCCCCUGUUGACCCACUGCCACCCACCAUCCCAGGCACUGGUAAUGUCAUAGCUGAUGACGAGCCACCAUCCCCCACUACCUUGGACGGUGGCAAGAUCAGUUAUUUCGAUGAGCUGCUGGCACCCACCAUCUCCGCUGGCAGCUGCAACUGCCUUUGUGAAGAGCCACCGCUUCCGACCACCUUGUGCGGUGCUGCUAACAUCAUUGCAGAUGAGACACUGCUCCCCACCAUCCUGGGGAUCUGUGAUGCAAGUGGUAAUGAAGAGCCGUUGCCUCUCACCGUCCUUGGCAGCGGUGACGCUGAUGCCCCUGUUGACCCACUGCCACCCACCACCCCAGGCACUGGAAACGUCAUAGCUGAUGACGAGCCACCAUCCCCCACUACCUUGGACGGUGGCGAGAUGAGUUAUUUCGAUGAGCUGCUGGAACCCACCAUCUCUGCUGGCAGCUGCAACUACCUUUGUGAAGAGCCGCCGCUUCCGACCACCUUGAGCGGUGCUGCCAACACUGUCGAAGACGAGACACCUCCCCGCACCAUCUUGGGGAGCUGUGAAACAACUGGUUAUGAAGAGCAGCCGCCCCUCACCAUCUUUGGCGGCAGCAAGAUCACCCCUGAAGUAUCUCUGUUGGUGCCUUUAGUGGAUGUUACACCAUCGCCCCUACAGGGCGUGCUUCUCACUGGCCCUCCCAGAAAGCAGGCCUUCCCUAAACUUUGCACAAAGAAAAAAGCAUCUAAUCCUCCUCUUUGUCUUCGUGGGCCUCCACCUUUUACUGCCUUUAGGAACAAAAAGUAA